AUGUCCUGUGACUUGAUGGUUCCCGUCGAGUUUCGUGCUCCUUCGGGGCCUGCUUAUCUCCCCGGCCCGGGGGUGGAGACGGCUCGAGCCCACGCCCGAACUUGCGUACUCAAGGUGGUGUUCUGGCUGGCCAUGGAAGCAACCAAGAAGUUUUCUGCUGGCUCCCAGAAUAAUAAUGCCCACAGAUAUGACCUGCGUGUGGGUAUCCUGGGGGAGCCCAGCGCCGCCGAUGCUGGCGCCAGCAACUGCCAAGCCCGACGCUUCGAGACCCCCAUCGCUACCAUUAACCCGACGAAAACUACUCUCCAGAACAAUCCGACGCCUCCUAAAAAGCGCUUGUCGGUGAGCUCCGAAUCCUCCACCCCAGCCAAGAUCACCAAGAGGCGCGCCGCGAGAGCCUGCGUGUCAUGCCGUGCGCGCAAAGUCCGCUGUGAUGUAGUGGAGGGCGCGCCUUGCGGCAAUUGUCGGUGGGACAACGUCGAGUGCAUUGUGCAGGAAUCACGAAGGAGAAAGAAGAACAUUCACCAGCUUACAUCCAAUGCUGUUGCGGCUCGGCACAUGUCCGCGGCGGCCGAGGCCCAUGGAAAGCCCACCAUCGUACCGGGGGCCAAUCCCAUCCCUAUCGCCAGCUCCACUGCACCUCUCUCCCUCUCAGACGGGGCCAGCUCCCUGAACCCCGACGCGGGAAAUACUGGGCUGUUUAUGGGCGCUGGCUUAGGAGGUGCUUCCCCUAAUCUCCUUUACCAACAGCCUGGGUAUGGAAAUAUCACGGACGAGAACUCGCGUCGCCUCUUGACGACACUCCUCAAUCAGGUGGCUCUCUUUGGCGGCAACAAUCAGUUCCUUGGCACACCCGAAGAACCCGAUGUCAGCACCCUCCUUCCGCCGUUUAUUCGACCAUUCCCGUCCAAGGUCUCGGCCCAGGAUGUCAAGUUUUUGCGAGAGAAGGGCGCGCUCAGCUUGCCCAGCCCUCCUCUACAGAAUGCGCUCCUUCAGGCGUACGUGGAAUACGUGCACCCCUACAUGCCCUUGUUGGACAUGCAGGACUUUCUUGGAAUGAUCAAUGCUCGGGACGGGUCUCGUGGCCAGUUGAGUCUGUUUCUCUACCAGGCUGUCAUGUUUGCCGCCACCGCCUUUGUCGACAUGAAGCAGCUCCGAGAAGCUGGGUACCCCACGCGGAAAGCUGCCCGCAAAUCCUUCUUCCAAAAACGAGAGAAUGUGGUUUUAGGCCUCUUGCUCAAGACGUUUUGGUAUGAGAGCCCCGAUGACCAGAAGGAUACCUGGCACUGGAUGGGUGUUGCGAUUAGCUUGGCGCACACGAUAGGCCUCCACCGUAAUCCCACGAGUUCCAACAUGCCUCCUCGGAAACAAAAGUUGUGGAAGCGCAUCUGGUGGUCGUGCUUUAUGCGCGAUCGGCUCAUUGCUCUUGGUAUGAGGCGCCCCACCAGGAUAAAGGAUGAGGACUUUGACGUUCCAAUGUUGGAGAAGGCCGACUUUGAAAUCGAGCUCCUCGCCGAAGACAACGCGACGGUGUCUGCAGACUGCGCUGUGAUGAGGGAUCUCUCUGUCCAGCAGGACUUGGCUGAAUUGUGCAUCGCGAAAGCGCAACUGUGCAUCCUCAUCAGCCGCAUGCUCCGAGCGCAAUACUCUGUCCUCGCCCGGGACAAGGUGGCGCCGGAAAGCACGACCCAUAGCACCAUGAUGUUGUUGCCUAACAAGGCAAACAAUGUCGAGAUGGUCAAGACGGUUGACCUGGACCUGAUCUCUUGGGAGAGCGCCCUCCCGGCGGCCUGCCAAUACCGGCCCUUGACGCCGCUCGACGUUCGCGAUGGCAAGUCGACGGUCGCGGUACAUCGCACGCUGCUUCACAUGGUCUAUCACACCACCGUCUCGGCCCUGCACCGACCUCAGUUCCUGCCCGCCUCGCCAGUCCAUUCGCUCAUGGCCUCGCGCCCCGUGCAGGAAAUGGCGAGGAUCCGGGUGCGAGACGCGGCAACCCGCAUCACGCUGAUGGCGGCGGACCUCCAUCGCUACCGGCUCGAGCGGUACCUCCCGACGACUGGUGUCACCGUCGUCCUUCCUGCCAUGAUUAUCCACCUUUUGGACAUGAAAAACCCGGUACCCCAGACUCGGGAGCGAGCCAUUCGGGGAUUUAAGCAGUGCAUGAAGGUGAUGGAGAAGCUGCGGGACAUUUAUGCCGCCGCGGACUACGCUGCGGGCUUCCUCGAUGCGGCCCUCCGCAAGGCGUCGAUCGAUUUGAGCGCGUCCACUCCUGCCGGCGUCGUACCUCCCAACUCCAAGUACGCCAACGCCACCGCCACCACUCAAGGGGUCUCGGCCCAGACCCCGCCUCCCGAAAACGCACCCUAUAUGACGACACCGGAGGCAUCGUUGUAUACGGCGAGCUACGCCCAGGAACAGCCGGCGGCGGCAGCCUUUGCCUCUCCCGCGGCAAGGGACCUUGACCCGAACACGUACGAACUCACACCGAGUGCCAGCGGAUCAUCGGAAGAGAUGAAUCUGGAGUACGAGGUGCUUCAGGACGGAGGCGCCGAUGGUGCGGGCGAGGGGAACUGGGGUGGUGACGUUGAUAUGGACCAGUGGCUCCAGUUCCCUCCCGAAGGCGUAAACAACUCGGAUGAUACCUUUAUGGCAGGCAUGUUUAACGAUGACGGCGCUGCGCAGUUGUCGUCGGAGCAGACUCUAGCCUGGUCCACCGCCUUUUCUACGGAGAGCCAGCCCGUCGUUGCUGCUGCGGAUGUGGCAGUCCAGCUGUAA